GUCCUCCAACUGUAAAAAAAUGUGGUAUAGGAUUAAGUAACAAAACAAACAGAUAUAAAAAACAUAGCAAAUUCAAACAGCACCCACACGCUAGUUUCAAAUAAUAUAGUACUAGUAGUAAUUAGGUAGUACUCCCAGAUGUUUUGUUUUGCACCCAUCGUGUCAUGUUCAGGUCCACAUGAAUGAAACUACACCAAGCUAGUCCUUCAUGCUAUAAUAAUAUUUUGUGUAAAUACCAAAGGGAAUAUUUUUUCGUAGAAAUGACAAAAAGUAGUUGUGGAGGAGGGUUAUAAGCACUCGCAUUGCGUGCACACUGCACUGUAUUCUGAGGUGCCUUUUUGCCUGCUCCACAUUUUAAGUAAAUGAGGUGCAAAUUUUAUCUAAUAUGACAAAUAAUUUUAUAUUUGCAUACUAAAAUGUUUUCUUGGUGUUGAAUAUUGAUAAUAAUGACUAUGCUUGAAACUAAGGGGAAAACCCAACCUUCGCGCGCACGGGAGACCGUAGUGUUUACAACAAUUUUGCGUUUGUUUGCAGUUCGGCAAAGCAGAAAAGGUUUUGCGGUGGAAACACAUUGGAAACUUCUUAGAUAUCAUUGUAUUUUGUUUAAAUUGAAUCUAAUAAUGGAGAUACAUUUUUGCAGAAACAAUAGCCUGCAGCAGGAACAAUCCACUAACUAAAUACCAACUUCUAACCCAGGAUGCCUGGUCUUACAGUGUUUAACCGGAGAUGGUUUAUUGCGAGUGAUGAUUUAGUGAUUCCAUUUGGCAUUUCUUUAUUACUUCGUGGUGCAUGGCUUGUUGUUGUUGCUGUUGUGUUUGGUAUUCAUAUAACCUCGAACCAUGAUAAACAGAGAAGUUCUAGUCUGUGUAAAUAUCAGAUGAUUCAUAUAUAUUUUUUCGUUUACAUGGGUAUAUUAUUUUUAUCAGCUGUUAAUGACUUAAUUGUUACAUACAUUAGCAGUCGAGGAACAAUUUUUGAUAGCGAACAAAGGAAACACAUACCAAAGUUGUUGUAUAUUCGACUAGCUAUUUUAAUUUUUGAAGCUGCAUGGGCAGGCGUUGGUAUACACUAUAUUUUCAAUAAAGGUAAAAUUUGUUUUGAUAAUCACGAUGCCUGGUUACCUAAAGCUGUUGUUAUAUUUAACCUUAUAUGGGUAGUUUUCUCCUUGCUUUCAAUGUACUUAACUUUUGACUCGGCUGGAAAACUUUGGUAUAAACUCGAUAAGAAAACUAGACGCAAGAAAUAUGGCUCUGUGGAUACAUUAGAGUUUCAAAGAAAAAUCGUGGACAAGUAUGAAAGUGAGUGGCAUAAAACUUGCAAGUUGCUGUUUUGUUGUACAAAGACAGAAACCUCAAAAGAUAAUGUAUUACUUCUUGCUUCAAGAAUAUUUGCUGAAUAUUUCCACAGUUACACAGAUUUAGUUCCUUCAGACAUUUUAGCUGGCAUGAUUUUACUCAGGCAGCGGCAGAAGUAUCAAGAAUGCAAAUGGGUUGAGGAGGAGUUAAAAAAUACAAACGCAUCCUACCAUCAGGUUACCUGUCACAAAUCACAUAAGUCUGUUCGGCGCCACCAACAAACUGUUAGUUCGUAUCCAUUUGACAUGGAAGAUGAGUCAGAUGUUAAAAUUUUGGAGGAAGUGACAUAUUUCGCUAAAUAUGCUUUAGCAUGUUAUGGGUGGCCAAUGUAUUGUUUAUUAAAUAACAUUCCAUUAUGUACACGUCCUGGUUGUAGGUUAUUAGCACGUGUGAGAUGCUGCCAUUGUUGUAGAGAAACGCCUUCAUAUUAUCCAAACAUUACUGGUGAUAAUUGUUGCUUGUGUAACUAUGCAACACAGAAGGCUUAUUUGGAUAUUAAUAAUGAUAAUUUUAUUUAUGUCAGUUACUCUGAUGAAGUCUUUCAAACCCCAUUCAAUGUUAUUGUUGAUAAUUUCAAAGAAUCCAUAGUUAUUUCCUGCAGAGGAACGUUAUCACUGCAGGAUAUCCUCACUGACCUGGCAAUUGAGGAGGAAAAUAUACCAGGUGGUGACCCAGAAUGGACUGCACACAAGGGUUUUCUUCAAGCUGCUGUGGCUAUUCAGCAAAUUAUUGCAGAAAAGCAGUUGAUUGAAGAAGCAAAGAAUUUUGAUGUGAAUAAAGGCUCUCAAAAUUACAAGUUGGUUAUUGUUGGCCAUUCCCUUGGUGCUGGUACUGCUUCUAUCUUGGCCUUCUUGAUGCGUCCAAAAUAUCCAGAUUUGCAGUGUUAUGCAUAUGGACCUUCUGGUUCUGCAGUCAGCUACGAAGCAGCUUGCUAUGCCAAAGAUUUCAUCCACUCUGUUGUGCUAGGAAAAGAUAUAGUAUCUCGAUUAAACUUGCACACGUUAAAUGAACUUCAACACAAUAUUUUACAAAUGUUGGAAAAAACUAAACUACCAAAGUGGAAAAUUUUGCAUGGUUGUAUUUGUCAAUGCAUCCUUUGUUGUACCCAGUCCUCUAAUCAUUCGUAUACUGAAUACUUCGAAACCGAGGAGGAGAUAUUAGACUUUGAACCGUAUAAUCCACCUGAAGCCAGACAAUUGUACAUGGCGGGAAAAAUAGUUCACAUAUGUAAAACCAAGUCAAUAUAUCCAAGAUUUCGAAAGAAGAAAGCUGCAUAUCGAGCAUACUGGUCAUCAGCUGAAGAUUUCCAAAAUAUUUUGAUAUCGAACCUUAUGUUGCGUGAUCAUUUUCCUGACACUUUAAUAGAAGCACUGACCAGUGUACUGCCCGAUGACAUAGUAGAAGUUGUACCUGUCAUUGUCAAUGAUGAUGACACCAGUGUUUGUAUCGUACCUCCAGAUAUUGACUCUCCAGACGAAACCAGUGGACAGGAAGAAAGUGAAAAUAUUCUAGGGCCAGAAUCGCCAUCGCUACUCGAAUUAAACUGAUUUUAUAUUUAUGGUAUUGCAAAAUAUAUUCUAACUAUUUUUAAUACGAAAUCUUAAAAAGAAAUUUUUUUUGCCCUUUUCGUUUUGUAAUAAUUUAAUAUCGGCUAGUUUUAUUUAUACGUGCGUAUUUCUCUAUUUAUGAAAUUUACAUUUUAUCGAUUUAAUUCAGUUCCAAUAAUUUUUUUCCAUAUAAAUAUAGUUGAUUGUCGAAAAGUGAAACUGGUUAACUACAACUACUGGUAGGCGAAGCCAUUUUUUAUUUACAUUAACAAAUCCAGGUUUAUUGUCCUUCGUAAGUCAUUUUGUGACCCAACUUUACACAUUUGCUGAGUGAAACCCUUUUCUUCGGUUUGUUUCCGAAACUGUAUUUAUUUUUGUAUUUAUUUAUCUUUUUAAGGGGGUGUUUAUAUGAGACAAAGGAACGGGACGAUUGCCGGAACGGUACAUUUGUUGGGACCCCGCCCUUUUCAAUAAUUAUGCUGAAAGUCACGUAUUUAGUUGGAGCUAAGCGGGAUCCCGGCUCAGUAGGGCCGAGUUUUAUUCUAUAAAAAUACAAUGUCUCAGGACAAACGGAGCUGAACAUUUCAAUUGAAAGAAAAACAACAACAUCUUGACAAACUUUUUUCCAUAUAAAGGCAGGGCAACAUCCUGGCAAACUUCCCAUACCGUUCCGGCGAUCGUCACGUGAGAGAUGUAUAUGAGAGAUGUAAACACCCUCCUAGUUAUUUCUUGUUAUUUCUGGGUUCUGUAAAGUUUAAGAUGGGUGGUUCAGAAAAUCUAAAUUUUACUUCGGGUGCUUGUUUCAACCGAUCUAAUCCUUUAUUUCUCAUUCUAAUCGACUGUGUUCGGUUUUCGUGGGUUUAAUGUACGCUUUGUUUUGAAACUCCUACGCCUUGGGUGAAACAACGUCCCUUAUCUGCAGUUUGAACAGGCUUCUUUUCGACACAUCAACUAAAUUUUUUUUUUAAUCGAACAAGAAAUAGAAAGUAUAAUAGCUUUUUAACAACCUUGUCUGAAAUGUGAAAUAUACUUCUCAGUGUGAUUUCAUUAGCAUAAAGGUUCAUCCAUUUUCUGUUGUUUUUUUUUCUUUUAUCUUUGGUAUGAAGAACCACAUUUUUUAAUAUCAUUUGUGUCAAGAUGAAACAUGCAGUAUUAUUAGAUCGACUGAGAUUUUGUAAAAUAAGAUUAUAACACCCCGAAAUUUUUAAGUUUAGCCUUUUACCAUAAAAGUUUUUCUAGUUAAAAUAUUUUCACAUAUGCGAUUUUUAUAGAUUUCUUUAAUUACAUUGUUAACGAAAUGCGGGUAUAUUUACUUUUUAAAGAUGUAAACUUUUUGAAAUUCUGAAUAUAUGUUAAAACUUACUUCUUGAAAUUCACCUUUACGGUUUUACAGAC